GAAAGCUUUCCUGUCCUGGCUGAAGAUGUCAAGGUGCGGGGAGGACUGCAGCUAACAUUGGCUCCUUGUUGGGACAGCCAUAACCUCUACAAGCUCUUGCAUUUGAAAAAUCUGGUGUAGACAUUAUUCUUCUGGUUUGGUUUUUGACUCUCUGUUUGAUCCUCACAAACUUUUGUUAGAGCAAGGCGGCAGAUACCAGUGCUUAUUGAGAAUAAAAGAUAAAAUGGGUUCUGAGGCCAAACCUGAUAUUUACUCUGUGGAGAUCAGUGGAACAAAUGAUGUAGAAAAUCCAAACACAGAAAAUGAAGAAGAGAAGUACAAGGAUCUUCAUAAUAAAAAAACUAAGAAGACCAAGAAAAAAGGCAAGAAAGUCGAUGAGCUUAAGCAAGAACUUGAGCUGGAAGAUCAUAAACUCAGUGCUGAAGAACUGGAAGCAAAAUAUGAAACAAAUCUUCUUAAAGGUCUCACCAGUGCAAGAGCGGCAGAGGUUCUGGCUCGUGAUGGUCCCAACGCACUUACGCCCCCAAAGGGUACUCCUGAAAUUGUCAAAUUCAUAAGGCAGAUGAUAGGAGGUUUCUCCCUGCUUUUGUGGGCUGGCGCGAUACUCUGCUGGAUUGCUUAUGGGAUUCAGUAUUCCCAAGACAAUACAACCUCUAGAGAUAAUCUGUAUCUAGGUAUUGUCCUUGCAGCAGUUGUCAUCCUCACUGGCUGCUUUGCCUAUUUCCAGGAGGCUAAAAGUACUAAUAUCAUGGCCAGUUUCAAUAAAAUGAUUCCACAGCAAGCUAUUGUUACCCGAGAUGGAGAGAAACUUGAGAUCCCAGCCACAGAUUUAGUAGUAGGAGAUCUUGUAGACAUUAAGGGUGGAGAUCGAAUCCCAGCUGAUCUCAGACUGACCUUUGCCCAAGGUUGUAAGGUAGACAAUUCUUCUCUGACUGGAGAAUCAGAGCCACAAACACGCUCAAGUGAAUACACUCAUGAAAAUCCCCUUGAAACAAAAAAUAUUGCAUUCUACUCUACCACCUGUCUUGAAGGUACAGCCAGAGGUUUUGUAAUCAAUACCGGUGAUCAUACAAUCAUAGGUCGGAUUGCAUCAUUGGCUUCUGGAGUUGGAAAUGAGAAGACACCCAUUGCAGUGGAAAUUGAGCACUUUGUGCAUAUUGUAGCUGGGGUGGCUGUGUCUAUUGGUAUCUUGUUUUUCAUUAUUGCCAUGAGCAUGGGUUACUCAGCUCUCAACUCUAUCAUCUUUCUCAUUGGGAUUAUAGUGGCUAAUGUGCCUGAAGGAUUACUGGCUACUGUGACUGUUACACUUUCUCUCACAGCAAAAAGAAUGGCAAAGAAAAAUUGUCUUGUGAAGAAUCUGGAAGCUGUUGAGACACUCGGCUCUACAUCUGUUAUUUGCUCUGACAAAACUGGAACCCUUACACAAAACAGAAUGACCGUAGCACACCUCUGGUUUGACAACCACAUCCAUUCAGCUGACACAAGUGAAGAACAAACAUAUCAUUCUUUUGAACAAACAUCUGAAACAUGGACUGCAUUAAUUAAAAUUGUAUCUCUGUGUAAUCGGGCUGAAUUUAAAGCUGGGCAGGGCGAUGUUCCAAUUAUGAAGAAAGUUGUUGUGGGAGAUGCAUCAGAAACUGCACUAUUAAAAUUUUCUGAAGUCAUCACAGGAAACAUCAUGGAAGUCAGAAAUCGUAACAAAAAAGUGACUGAAAUUCCUUUUAACUCAACAAAUAAAUUCCAGUUAUCCAUACACAAGACGGAUGAUCCCCAGGAUAAACGGUUCUUAUUGGUAAUGAAAGGUGCUCCAGAGAGAAUACUAGACCAAUGCUCCACUAUUAUGAUUGGGGGUAAAGAACAACCUUUAGAUGAGAAUAUGAAGGAAUCAUUUCAAACAGCUUACAUGGAACUUGGUGGACUUGGAGAAAGAGUUCUUGGUUUUUGUCACCUGUACCUCCCAGAAGAUGAAUAUCCAGACUCAUAUCCAUUUGACACAGAGUCAAUGAACUUUCCCACAUCAAACCUUUGCUUUGUUGGACUUAUGUCCAUGAUUGAUCCACCACGUUCAACUGUGCCUGAUGCUGUUUCAAAGUGUCGAAGUGCAGGAAUAAAGGUUAUAAUGGUUACCGGUGACCACCCUAUCACAGCAAAAGCUAUUGCCAAAAGUGUUGGUAUCAUUUCAGCUGGGAGUGAAACUGUAGAAGAUAUUGCUAAGCGUCUUAACAUUCCUGUAGAGCAAGUUAACAAACGUGAGGCCAAAGCAGCAGUGGUGAAUGGAGGAGAACUAAAAGACAUGUCUUCUGAAGAUCUGCAUGACAUAUUAUACCAUCAUUCAGAGAUUGUCUUUGCCCGAACAUCCCCUCAACAAAAACUAAUUAUAGUUGAAGGUUGUCAGAAGCAGAAUGCUGUUGUAGCUGUGACUGGUGAUGGUGUUAAUGACUCACCUGCUCUGAAAAAAGCAGAUAUUGGAAUUGCUAUGGGGAUAGCAGGAUCUGAUGCAGCUAAAAAUGCAGCAGAUAUGAUUUUACUAGAUGAUAAUUUUGCCUCUAUUGUUACCGGAGUUGAAGAAGGACGCCUUAUUUUUGACAACAUCAAAAAAUCAAUUGGAUACACCUUAACCAAGAACAUUGCUGAACUGUGUCCUUUUUUGAUCUACAUCAUUGCCAGUAUUCCUUUGCCGAUUGGCACUAUUACCAUCCUCUUCAUUGACUUGGGCACAGAUAUUAUUCCUUCUGUUUCUUUUGCCUAUGAAAAAGCUGAACGGGAUAUAAUGAACCGAAAACCUCGCAGGAAGAACAUUGACAGAUUGGUUAAUCAGCAGCUAGCAUUAUAUGCUUACCUUCAAAUUGGUAUAAUUCAGUCAUUUGGGGCUUUUCUAAAUUACUUUACGGUGAUGGCUGAGCAAGGAUUUCUGCCUUAUACCCUACUUGGAUUACGUGUUCCUUGGGAAAACAUAUAUGACCAGGAACUAGAAGACAGCUAUGGACAACAAUGGACUUUUCACCAACGCCAGUUUUUGGAAUGGACUGGAUACACUGCCUUUUUUGUCAGCAUUGUUACUGAGCAACUGGCUGACUUGCUUAUCAGGAAAACAAGAAGGAAUUCUCUGCUCCAGCAAGGAAUUUUCAAGAACAAGUUUCUCCUGUUUGGGUUAGCUUCCCAGGUUGUCAUUGCUGCAUUUUUUUCUUAUUGUCCCGAUAUGCCUUAUGCACUAAAAUUCACCCCACUAAGGAUUCAGUACUGGUUUGUUUCAAUUGGUUUUGUCAUGUUUAUCUUUGUGUAUGAUGAAAUUCGCAAGCUAUUCAUCAGACAAUAUCCUGGCAGUUGGUGGGACAAGAACAUGUAUUAUUAAAGUUCUUGAAGAGCUUUCGGAAUUACUUGGUGAUGUAGACUCAUUUCAUGGCUGAUUGAAUGUACGUUGUUGUAAAAUAUUGCCCGGAAAUUUUUAUAAAGUAUUAUAUAUACUAUCUCCUAUUUGUUGAACAAAUCAGGAUGAAGAGUUCUGUAAAUGUUAUGUAAAAUAAUAAUAAAUAAUGCCUAUUUUUAAAAAAUUCAAAAACAAUUUGAAAAGAAUUGCAUUGCCCCAUAGCUCAUAUGAAAUACCAGAAAAAAAACUCCUUGCAGAUUUUGACUCAAGAUAAUUUCAACAUAAUAAUUUUGUCAAAUAAAGUCCUUUUCAAUAAA